UUUUUAUUGGUAAGGUGAAUCAUUGAGCAUACACGUGGCCUUCUUUUGUUCAAAUUCACACAUGUUAGUACUUAAUUACUAGGUAUACCAUUUGGUGAAAUUCUAGCUCAGGGUUCAAGUCUAAUGAUACCAAAUCAAUGUCGUAUACUCUUAUUUAGUCCUACUAAUUGUCCAUCAACCUGUUACCUGUUAACUUGUCCAUUAUCUUUCAAGGGUAAAAUCAUAAUUUACAAGUGUCUUAUAAGAAUACUCAAUACAUCAAACACCAAGUCAUUGAUAACCGCUAUCAAUGACUAACCUCUCGUCAUGGAUGUGCACACAAAUAACAACUGGAUAAUCUUUUUCUAUGGAUAGAGAUCGAGCUAUCAUAGAGCUUCCCAUAUAUCGAGAAUCUGGUUGCUUAUGGACUAUCGAAUUUGAUUAUAAUCAAUCUCAAUGACUAACCUCUCAUCAUGGAUGGACACACAAAGAUGUAAAAAACUAACAAUCGAAUAAUCUCUUUCUAUGGAUAGAGAUCGAACUAUAAUAGACUUCCCAUGUAUCGGAAUUCGGAAGUCCGAUUACUUACGGACUACCAGAUUUGGUUAGAGUUAACCUUAUAAUGGAGUGCCUUGGAAAAAAAUAAGACCAAGAGGCAUAUGAAAUACCCAGCAGGAUUCAUUAGACCAACAGGCUCAACAAAUUUAUAACUCAGUAUUCCUCCUUAUUAUUGCUAAAGGAACGGGCUGGACCAAUAGGCCCAUGGUGUUUGAGCAUGGCUUGGGCCGAAUGGAAAACAAAGCCUCGUUUAAAUCAUCGAUGACUUUUUGAUCUGAAAAAUUCUUUUACUCGCUACGGUGGGAAGGAAUAACUCCGACGAGGAAUUUUUGGGUGAUCUCCUCUCUCCGGGAUUCUUCCUCCGCCAAAUUAGCCCGUCGGAAAGCGUCGUCGCCGGCCUCUGAAGCCACCUCCCUCUCUCUCCUACCCUCCGGCACUUCCUCGAUAGCUGGUACCCUCUCUCUCUUCAACUCUCUCAUGUAUUCGCAUUCAGCUGAAGAGCUUCAUGGUUUGCCCCUUAUCGUGUUAAAUUGCUCGAAAUAUUGCUGCUUUAAUCUUAUGUUUGCUUCGUUCUGUUGAGAAUCCAAUUUAGGAAUUUCAAUUCUACUCUCUGGCGCUAUUAUCCUCUGGAAUUAUCCCAAGUCUGAAAUGAAAUUCUGAAAAUUUUUCUGUCUUGCCGGAGUGGUUUAAAAUUCCUCAUUUUUCUUGGUGGGUUUUGUCUGAUUGGUUCCAAAUUUGGUAAAGAUUCCAACUUUUCCUAGCACACGGGCUUGUAUUAAAAUCUUGGAUAUCACAUACCUUGUUUUGAUGGUAAUUUAGGGGUCUAUAAACCCCAAUGCUGAUGCUGGAAGUAUUAAAUAGUUCAUUACCAGUUCCGAAAAUGGUUUUCUGGGUGAUUAUAUUAACCGAAAAGUUCACAGGAUUCAAGCAGAAUUGAGUGCAUUUGCUGAUUGUUUCCUUUCAACAGUGUGGCUAAACAGGGUUUGGGUUGAUUGUGCAAAUUCAAGCCACAAUGUGGGUCAGAAGCUAAGUUGUUUUUCAUAUUAAUGGCUGGAGGAGGGCGUUACCCACCUAAGUUAGAUGGGCGUUCGUCUCUUCAAGCUACCGGGAUGUUGAGGCACGGGUCGUUACCAAAUGGUGUACGGCUGUUGGAUCAUUUGUCUCUUCCAGGUCGCUUGGAGAACAAAGUUGCGGCUCAGGCUGCUGAAAUUGAGCAAUUCACUAAUGAUAAUCAGAGAUUUGCAGCAGGUAAUCAAGCCUUGAGACAAGAUCUGGUAGCUGUCCAAAACGAGGCACAGCAACUCAAGGCACACAUUAGGAGCAUCCAGACAGAGAGCGACAUUCAGAUCAGGGUCUUGGUGGACAAGAUUGGGAAAAGGGAAACACAUAUUAGGGCUGCUGAGAAUGUGAAGGAAGACCUUAAGCAGGCGCAUCACGAGGCACAGAACUUGGUCAGGAAUAGAAAGGAGCUAAUUAGUAAAAUUCGACAGGCCUCCCAGGAACUGCAAACUAUUCGUGGAGACUUUAAGAGCUUGCCCGAUUCAGAAGCUGAGCUCGACGAUUUGAGGCAGGAGUACAAGAGACUAAGGGACGCAUUUACUUACGAGAAAGGGUUCAACAUGGCCAAAGUAGAGGAGCUGAAGUCGGCGGAGAAGAACUUGAUUGAGAUGGCAAGUGAUGUAGAAAAGAUAUAUGCUGAAAUCUUGAACACUGAGAAGAGAGCCCGUGGUGCUGCUCCUUAUGCUGCUAACUACGGAGUAGGUGGUGGUGCGUACGUCGAUUCAUAUAGAAGACCUCUCGGGUCCACUGGUGACGGGAUGAUGAAGUCAUAUGGGAAUAGCAAUGGCAUAGGUGCAAGUAGCGGCGCUGGCCACCAUGAUCAAUAGAGACCAAUUUGUAAGUAGAAGAUGGAAAACUGCACUUUCUGGAGAAAGGAAUGAAGCAAUGCUGUUUAUUUAAUUGGUGUGAUGAGGGAUUUGAUAAUGUGGGUGCUUCGAACCACUCUUUAAUAUUCUCUUUGUUGUGCAGAUAAUAGAUUAGGUGAAUUUAGAAUCUCCUGCUAGCUGAUUAAUCCGUGCAGAAUGCAUAUCGGAUCUCUCAAUAUGUCAUCAAGCAAGAACUGUUUACUGCCUGUAGCUUGUUGUAGGAAAUGAAGAGAAGGUAUGGUCUAACUUAAGACCAUGUCCUUAACUCGUGUAUUGUACAAAGAGGAGAGAAAAGUAGGUAAAGUGUUCUUGUGCUGCUAAUCAUGGUUUCUGUUGUGGAUAUGUCUCAGUGGUAAAGGCACAAAGUUCAGCUGAGUUUAUUCUUGUAUCUUCUUCAGACCGUUGAGUAAAUCGCUUAUAAGUGUAAGCGAUUCGUGUCGAACACGCGAAACUUAACCUAGCAAGGCAAGUAAACAUAGACAACGACGAAAGCAUAACACAAAUUGAACAUCACUCAGCUUCGAGUUAUACUACAAGGUCUGUAACCACAUAUCAUGAGGAUUGUUCUACCGAAACUGAGAUAUUGUCUAAUCGUUUCUCUAAUGCUAGAAUCAUUGUUUAUAUAUUGGGAUUCAUGUGAAGUUGUGCUGAAGAAAAGUCAGAGUUGAACAGCGGGAGUAGCAGCCAUCACGCCAUUGAUUGGAAGUCAAAACUCUCUAAAGCCAUGUUUGCGGUUUAAGAAGCUUUCUCUUAAACUAAUGGCAUAGCCAUAUAUCUCUCCCUCUGCUGUCCAACUGAAACGGUCAAAAUGCAGCAACCAAAACCGAACCACAAACCCAACCGCACCGCGUGGCUUUAACUUGCAUGGAUUCCUUCGAGCACAGAGAUCGGUUGGGGGUUUCUUUGCUUUGCUUUGACCUCCCUGAUUACGAUGCGACGACCCACCCACUCCAUUAAAAAAAAGAUACAGAGCCUUUCUUUGUUUCUACUUGGCAAAAACAAAGCUUUCUUCAAUCGUGAGAAAGCUCUGCCCCUUUUAAUAAAAGGGUUAAAUACCAAAAGGCUCUGCUCGUUGGUAUUGGCCUGACAAGUUCAAAUACUCUGUUUUCUUUAUUAUAUCGUUAUUGAGAUGACAACGAUUUCUUUCAUUGAAGAUGACAGAGAGAGUUUCAGUCAUUUCCCAACGAGGAAGUUGCUCUGACUAGUUCAAAUCACUCUGAUUAAUUGGUGUUUUACAUAGAAAUCAUCCACUCGAUCUUCCUUGCAGCAGUAUUGUAUAUUUUGACCAGGCAAAUGCCCGUUAUCUUGGUGUAGAUUCCAAUGCUCCAACCUGCUUGCAUAGAGCUAAUCCAACUUGAAAUUGAUCAUCUUGAUAACUAACAUACAACGAAAUACAUCCAACAAUCAGAUCACUUGGAGUAUGAAAUACUACAUGAGUACAUACACCAAUCGUUACCAUCUUAUAACGACUGGUGUACUUCUGUAGUGUAUAUAUCAUACUCCAAGUGAUCUGGACGUUGGAUAUAACCUUGUUGAACUUCGACAAAUCAGAAGUAACAAUUUUUAUUAUAUAUUAGAUUCGUCUUCGAAUUUUGGGAUUAAAGAAUCGAUUUCUCUGUGUUUCUAUCUAUUAGAAGAUAGAGUAUAGUAUCGUACUCCGAAUUGGAUUUAACUCAUAGUCUAAACGAGCAUCUCACUACAAGUACCUGAAGCAUUGUACGAAUAUAAUCAUCACUUUAAGUUGUUGAUUAUUAUUCGAAUUGGGCAUCUUAAUAAUGCACAUAUUCCACA